GCGUUAUACAAAUUAAUGUCGAUAAUACUUACAUAAAGCAGACGGACAUUUGAGUUAAACCUGACACCCAUUGUGGUAUACACGGUUUAUGUGUUUGUGUGAAUUUCGUAUUCGAUCUUCCAUUACAAUUAUGAGUACAGUCAGUACGUUUUGGCCAUGUCACAAGUGCGAACAGUUGGAGAAACAAAUACGAGAGAAUAUUGUUUGUGUAAAUCAAGUAUUGGAUGAUAAAGACCAAACUAUUGAAGAAAGAAAAAAAGUUUUAAAUGAACAUGGGCGAAGAUUAGACAGUUUGAUGUCUGAGAUUAUGAACAAAAGUGGAAGUUUGGAAAACACAAAUGAUGAGUUUUCAAACACCAAACUUGCUCAAAGGUUUGACUCAAGAGUAAAAGACCUUUGGAUUGAUGUUUGCGAGGACCUAGAGACAGAAUAUACGGAAAUUAAGCGUUUAAGACUUAUGUCAAAACUAUGCAAGAAGGUGUUUACUGCAUUUCAAAGUGAAAUCAAACAGGCGGAUGACAAACUUCUCGAAAGCAUAUUCAGUGAUGAAAACACUGUUCCAGAAAUGAUCUUCAAGGAGGUUCGAUUUGCAAGAGCGUUAAAUGGAGCAAAGACGGCUACACGGAAGAGGCAAGUACAGAAAAUAUUAGAAUCCAUCAAUUGGUCAGAAGACAUCAAAACACUAUUAUGUGAUACAAAAUGGAACCGUAUGCAAACGUUUCUGACAGAGUUUGCUGAGGUUUGCUGGUUGAUGGUCACAUCCAAUCCACCAUUGAUUCUGAACUUUGACGUCAAGGGGAAACAAUAUACCACUGACAUCAGGGAUAAAUUCGUAGUUUUUGGAAUAUCUGAAGCUAUUUCUGAUUGCAGAAUCGAACCUGGACAUGUAUUGUUGGUUGCUUGGCCGUCUGUUGAGUUGGAAGAUAACAAAGGUUACCUUACGAAGGGCGAAGUUGUUGUCAUGCCAAACAAAACAAAUAAUUAAAUGGAAUAAAAAAUUGGUGGUCUUUAUAAAUACCAUGUCAGCUUAUAACAUAUUUAUUGUUUAAUAUGAUUUCAAAAGAACAAUGAUACACAAUGAUUAUUUGCAAGUAGUACAGGAUGGGACAUUAUUAAAUGAAAUAAGGUGCUGUGCAUCUCUGAUUAUGUUAUUGGGAAAAAACGUGUACACUAUUAAAAUACAUAUUCUUGUAGAAGUAGUA